AUGAACAGUAGUGGACAUGAUUUAAAGAGAAGUGGAGACAUUUCUUAUUUUAAAAAUGUUGCAAAGAAACCCAAAAUUGGUCCAAAAUGCAUGAAAAGACAAGACAAAGAUAAAGUAAAAGAUCACAAAAAGUCUAAAUUUGUUAUUGACCAUAAAGCCAAAGUUUUGAAACUGAAUUUAUCAAGGUUGGAUAAAAAUCUGGAAGCAAAUGAGACUGAUAAAGAGAUUGACAAAGAAGUGACAAAAAAGUUAGAAAUUGAAAAUGAAAGGAGAAAGGAGAAAUCUCGUCCUAUAAACAUAAGGAAAAAGUCUGAAAGUGAAAGUAAACCGCCAAAAAUUUCAGUAGAGAAUAAAGAAAAAGAAAGAUCAGAUAAUGAGAGUCGACAUAUAAAAUCUUCUACAGAUGGAAAUAGAAAACAGGACAGAAAACAUGAAAAUGACAGUCGGGAAUAUUCAGACAAACAUAAACAUUCAGAAAAACCUAAACAUCCGCAUUCAGAAAAGCAUACGCAUGGAAUUUCAGAAAAACCUAAACAUGGACAAUCAGAGAAGCAUAAACCUGGGAAUUCAGAAAAGCAUAAACAUAGAUAUUCAGAAAAAUCUAAACAUGGAUAUUCAGAAAAAUCUAAACAUGGACAAUCAGAUAAGCAUAAACAUGGAAAUUCAGAAAAGCAUAAAGAAGUCAAAGGAGAAAAUUCCAAAAAAGUAGAAGAAUUUUCCUGA